UAGAGCUCUCUUACUCCAAGGUAGAGAGACUGGCAAAACCGUGGGGGAACUGCAUCGAUAACUACCGAAUGGCGAACGAUGAACCAUACACUGUAUUGGGCUGUGAAAAAAAUUGUGGAUUUCGAGUCAUGAUAGAUGUAUGUAACUGUACAAUGAGACACUUGUUACGUGGGGCAGUUCUCAACAAAUUAAAACCUGCUUACCGUCUAUGCAACGUCAGUGACGAUGAUGAAAAAAGGUGCUCGGAAUCAGUGAUGGAAGACAGUGUCUCAUGGCAUGAAUGGCCUGAUUGCAAUUGUAGAUCACCUUGCAGAGAAACCAUUUACAGUUAUUCUGUGGCAUCGAGUAAACUCAACGAGAACUAUUACAAAACUGCCAAGGCCAUCCGUACCUUGAAUUUGGAUCCUAAUGGAAAUAUAAAAUACGUAAAUUACACUCACGAGAAAUCCAUGCUAGGGGUGAAAGUCUACUUCAACUCUUUUCAAGUUUCCAAUCGAAAAGAAGUCCCUUCAUACAGUUGGGAGACUCUAAUGGCUAAUAUUGGAGGCAAUCUCGGAUUUUUCAUGGGACUCACUUUGGUUACAUUUCUUGAGAUUGCUGAAUUCAUCUGGGAUUUUAUUCUCACCGCUUGUCGCCGAUUUAGUGACAAACGCAAAAAGAGUCAUGGAGGCCAGUUUUCUUUUGAUGAAAUAGAGAAAAACGGGAAAGAGAUAAAUUUGUAAUUCUCAAAUGCGAAGAUUGGCAUUUUCAAGUGUUAAGAACACAGAAACAUUCUGAUUUUAAAAUUUAAUAAAAUUAUUUAGAGUGUAGAGCUCUUAAUAUUCCUUUGUCAUAUGCUAUAAAACCCCAUUUG